CGCCCUGUGCCUCUGUAAUCUAGAAACAUGGUUUCAAAUGAAUUUUAUACUGUCUAUUAAUCUCCUUUCCAGAUGAUAUUGAAUUCGAAUCGGCCCAAAACACCAUUGUGUUCUUACCAAGAACCUAUUUCAGUAAGAAAAAUAAAAUAGUUUCUUUGUUCAAUCAUUUCUGGCAACCCACCAAUUUGGUGAAUUGAACAAGAAUGAUAACAAAUUAUGAGCAAAAUUGAGUUAAAGUCCAGAAACUUUUGAAAACCAAGAACGCAGUAGAAGACGGAGGACGAAGAUACUGUAUCUCUGAGACAAGUACGCGAAUCUUGUUUCUCAUCUAUCUGCUGUUUGACUUGAGGGUUUUGGCGGGGAGAUGGAGGACGAAGAUGGGAUCAGAGAAAGCAGCAGCGGGACUGGGUUUGUUGGGGCCGGCGGCGUUGGGGGAGAAGGCAGGUGGGUUGAUGGGAGUGAAGUUGACUCAGAGUCGCCUCCAUGGUCACUGCUCGACGAGGCUGAUAGCGGACAAGUGUAUGGGACUAUGAGGAGGAGGUUAAUGAAGAAGCCCAAGCGAGUUGAUUCUCUUGAUGUUGAAGCUAUGGAGAUUGCCGGUGAUCAUGGUCACCGCUCCAAGGAUCUUUCUCUUUGGCAAACUCUUGCAAUGGCAUUUCAAACGCUCGGCGUGGUAUAUGGUGACAUGGGCACAAGUCCUUUAUAUGUCUUCUCGGAUGUGUUCAGCAAAGUUGGCAUUGAAUCAGAAGUUGAUGUGCUGGGGACUUUAUCUUUAGUGUUGUACACGAUUGCUCUUAUUCCCUUAACUAAAUAUGUCUUUGUAGUGCUCAAAGCUAACGAUAAUGGGGAAGGAGGCACAUUUGCAUUAUAUUCACUAAUCUGCAGGUACGCUAAGGUCAAUCUGCUGCCAAAUAGUCAGCCAGCUGAUGAACGCAUCUCAAGUUUUAAGCUCAAACUCCCCACUCCCGAGUUGGAAAGGGCUUUAACCAUAAAAGAGAUCUUGGAAAGUAGAUCAUCCUUGAAAACCUUUCUCUUGCUGCUGGUCUUGAUGGGAACUUCCAUGGUUAUAGGGGAUGGCAUUCUGACACCAGCUAUAUCAGUUAUGUCUGCUGUGAGUGGUCUGCAAGGUCAAGUGGAGGGAUUUGGUACAACUGCUGUUGUUGUCACAGCAAUCACAGUCCUUAUAGUUUUGUUUAGCAUACAGCAGUUUGGGACUGGUAAAGUGGGUUUCAUGUUUGCUCCUAUACUUGCUUUGUGGUUCUUCUCUCUGGGUUCUAUUGGAUUGUACAAUUUAAUUAAGUAUGAUAUCACCGUCAUAAGGGCAUUAAAUCCAGCUUAUAUAUAUUUAUUUUUCAAGAAGAAUGGGACAGAGGCAUGGUCAGCUCUUGGUGGUUGUGUACUGUGCAUUACAGGAGCUGAAGCAAUGUUUGCUGAUUUAGGGCAUUUCUCUGUUCGAGCCAUACAGAUUGCUUUUACUUGUUUUGUGUUUCCCUGUCUUCUCCUGGCUUACUUGGGCCAGGCAGCAUAUCUAAUGAAAUACCCUGAAUCUGCGGCUAGAAUAUUCUAUAAUUCUGUGCCAGAUAGUCUCUUCUGGCCAGUCUUUGUGGUAGCCACACUUGCUGCUAUGAUUGCAAGCCAAGCAAUGAUAUCUGCGACAUUUUCAUGCGUCAAGCAAUCUAUGGCUCUUGGGUGCUUCCCAAGAAUGAAGAUAAUUCACACCUCAAAAAGGAUGAUGGGUCAAAUAUACAUUCCUGUGAUCAAUUGGUUUUUGAUGACAAUGUGCAUAGUUGUUGUUUCCGUCUUCCAGAGUACAACAAGUAUUGCCAAUGCAUAUGGGAUAGCGGAAGUUGGUGUGAUGAUUGUGACCACCACCUUGGUAACACUUGUAAUGCUUCUCAUAUGGCAGACAAACUUAUUUCUGGCCUUGUGUUUCCCAGUUGUUUUUGGGUCAAUCGAGCUCAUGUACUUGUCUGCAGUUUUAUCAAAAAUCAUGGAGGGUGGUUGGCUUCCACUUGUUUUUGCUAGUUUCUUCCUCUGUAUCAUGUACAUUUGGAAUUACGGAAGUGUGCUCAAGUACAAGAGUGAGGUCAGAGAGAAGAUAUCCUUGGACUUCAUGCAUGACCUAGGAUCCACCUUAGGGACUGUAAGAGUCCCUGGAAUUGGAUUGUUGUAUAAUGAGCUUGUCCAUGGCAUUCCCUCAAUUUUCGGGCAGUUUCUGCUUAGCCUACCUGCAAUCCAGUCAACUAUUGUAUUCGUUUGCAUCAAAUAUGAGAAGGGAGAGGAAAUCAUAUCUUUUUAUUGGUGA